UUAGUUUAAUAUUUAAUUCCUACCCCAUAUCCAUUUACGAACAAAAUUCCACCCUUGUUUCAACUUUUUAUUUGCUUCUAUGUAUUGAACUUGACAAACAUAGACAGAUCCAAGUGUGUGUGUAAAGCCAAAAAAUAUGAUGGGUGUUGAUGAGGAGAAAUCUGAAGGUGAAGGGAAAGUUUGGAGUCUUUGUACGAUGCCAAAGUUAUGGCAGAUGAGUAGUGGCAAUGGGAAUGGCUCAUCUUCAUCUUCAUCAUCAUCAAUGGGGAACAACAAUGUUUACCAGCAAACCCCAAGUAGUGAAAGAUCAGCUGUGACUUCUUCAAAUGCAUUUUUCUCUAUGGCCAAAUCUUUGCUUCCUGCUCGAAGAAGACUUAGGCUUGAUCCUUCCAACAAGUUAUAUUUUCCUUAUGAACCAGGUAAACAGGUCAGGAGUGCCAUUGACAUUAAGAACACUAGCAAGUCCCAUGUAGCAUUCAAGUUCCAAACAACUGCACCAAAGAGUUGUUACAUGCGACCUCCGGAAGGUAUACUUGGUCCCGGAGAAAGCCUUAUCGCAACCGUAUUCAAGUUUGUGGAACCACCGGAGAACAAUGAGAAACCAAUGGAAAAAAAGAGCAGGGUUAAGUUCAAGAUCAUGAGCUUAAAAGUGAAAGGAGAAACAGAUUAUGUCCCAGAACUGUUUGAGGAGCAAAAGGAUGAGGUCACAGUUGAGCAGAUAUUACUUGUAGUUUUUCUAGACCCAGAACGUUCUUGUCCUGCACUGGAAAAACUAAAACGUCAACUGGCGGAGGCAGAAGCAGCACUGGAAUCGCGGAAAAAGCCACAAGAAGAGACGGGACCGCGUAUCGUAGGGGAAGGACUGGUUAUAGAUGAAUGGAAAGAACGGAGGGAAAGAUACCUAGCUAAGCAGCAGGUUGAAGGUGUUGCUCCUACUUAGCAAUUACCAACUCCAUUCAAUCUUUUCCAUUGCUUUCUGUUUGUGUUGUCAUAUGUGGUAAAUUUGAGCUGAAUUCCAUUUGUUCAACGACUGUCAUGUCCCCCAAUUUAUUGUAGAUAAUGGGGUAUAUAAGUAACAAAUUUGUGGAAUUUGGAAGAACCAUGUCACGUUCAUUAUGGUUUUCCUUUAAUUUUUUUGUUAAAGUGCACUCAUAAACUUUGCUACUUCAGAUUUUCAAAGAGUUGUAUAAUUCAUAAAA